AAAUAAUGAUUGAAAUUUUUUUUCAUCACGCAAAACCUUAAAGUACUUUUGUACUUACCUACAAUAUAUCUCAUAUCCCACACCCUCUCUCACUCUCUCUCUCUCCCUCUUUCUCAUUGUCUUGUCCUUGUAGCUAUAUCAAAUAGUUCCCACAGUUUCCACAUCAAACCCAUAAUCAUCACGCCUCUACCAGCCCACAAUCACCCCUCCCUUCCCUUCCCUUUCCCCACUCCUCUCUCUCUCUCCCUUUAUCAUUAUAACACCAAAAACCUCUCUUUUCUUCCUUUAAUUUUCUUCUUUCUUUAUAUCUUUCCUCCAUAAUGUCCAUAAACCAGUUCUCUAGAGACCUUCCAGAAACACUCUGGUGGUCUCAGCAUCAACAACGGCAACACCAGCAGCACCAAUCUUUCAUGGAGCCAAACCCAAACACAGCACACAAACCUCUAAUCCCAAACCCCAAUUCUUCUUGGCCAUCCCACUUUUACCAGCACCACCACCACCACCAGCAAAACUCUUGGCUUAACCCUUACAGUAAUAGCCAAGAACCUGACCAAAUGUCCACUGCCCAAAACCCGUCUCUCACUUUCAAUCUUAACCAUGAAGAUAUCGAAGAAGAACAGGACCCACUAGAAGAACAAGAAAAGCACUAUCGUAACAACCAAGAACAGCAUCUUCACCAGCAACAACACCACCAAGAACGUGAAGAGCAAAAUGAAAAAGAAGGAAUGUUCGAGAAACCCUUAACACCAAGUGACGUAGGGAAACUAAACCGUCUAGUAAUACCAAAACAGCAUGCGGAAAAAUACUUCCCACUCGGAGGUGACUCAGUCGACAAAGGUUUGUUGCUGAGUUUCGAAGACGAGUUAGGCAAGUGUUGGAGAUUUAGGUAUUCAUAUUGGAACAGUAGCCAGAGUUAUGUACUGACAAAAGGAUGGAGCAGAUAUGUGAAAGAUAAACAGCUUGAUGCAGGCGAUGUCGUUUUAUUUGAACGACAUCGUUUAGACGGUGAAAGGCUGUUUAUAGGGUGGAGAAGAAGAGAUAACAAUCAUACUAAUACCAGUUCGUGUAGUAGUAGCAGCGGAGUGAUGGUGCAGGGUAGUAGUGGUGGGGUGUGGAGUAGGGUAUUGUAUUCUCAGCAGCAGCACCAGCCUUAUCAACUUGGUCAUGGGGCUAAUGUUACUACUCGUGUCCCAUAUCAACCUGACUGUCUUCAUGCAGGGUCAGGUGGGCAGAACCAAACCAUACCAAUAGGGAAUUCAAAGAGGUUCAGGCUAUUUGGGGUGAACUUGGAAUGCCAGCUAGACGACUCCGAGCCAUCUACACCAGAUGGUUCGUCAAUGUCCAGCCAGGGUCCAAACCAACAACAACAGUUCUACAGCUCCCAUUCUCCUUAUAAUUCUUCUUCAACUGGCAGUCAAGGUCACAUGGAUAUAACUUUCUCACAAGAUGUCAACCAAAUGAGAAAUCGUCGAGGAUAAGAUCUUGAGGAUGUGACUUAUUUUUGGAAUUUGACUUAAUUGAACACAACACCAACACCAACACCAGCCACCCCCUCCCUCUCCCUCUCCCCCUCCCUCUCUUCCACUUGGAAAAGGUCGGUCCAAAAGAUUUUAUGAAAGACCAGAAAAAAGAAAAAAAAAGAAAAAAAAAAACAUAUUCUCCUUUUCUUAAUAUUAAAAAAGAAACAAGAAAAAGAAAUCCUGAAUAAAUCAGGUGUGGAAAUUUCAAGCCAGGAAGGGGAGGUGGGGCCCCAAAAGAAAAUAGUAGCAAUCGAGAGAAUUUAUUGCCAAAUGGGCAGAAAAGAGAAAGAAGAAUAAGAAAGAUGGGGUUGGGAAUUGAAUUUGUGGGAGAGGAAUCUAUUUGGUGUACUGUUGAGAUUCUGUCUGAAGAUUUUUCAUAAUCACAACAAUGGAAUACAAAGGAAAGGUGAUGGGUAUGGUGCUGGUGACUUUGAAUAGAUGAAUGACAGCUCUUCUACUGGUUACUACUGCUACCUGUACCCAUUACUCCUGCUGUACUUCUUCUUUUCUACCUUAGCCCAUUACUCCUGUACUUCUUCUUCUUCUUCUUCUUCUUCUUCUUCAACAUCAAUCUAUCUAUGCAACUUGUUUUUUA